AUGGCACCCGAAAAUUACGAUCAACCAAUGGUACAAAGUGGAUUCUUGAGCUUGUACACAACAAACACCCAACGUGACCAAAGUUUGCAAGACACAAUUAGAGAACAAAUUGGCAACAUUCUUGAUAAAUAUAGUGAUGAACCUUUAAGUAUAACUGUGACAGGACAUAGUCUUGGUGCUGCCCUAGCAACAUUAACAGCAUAUGAUAUUACUAACAAAUUUAGUGAUGCACCUAUAGUAACUGUUGUAUCAUUUGGAGGGCCUAGAGUUGGCAACAAAAGUUUUCGAUGCCAAUUGGAGAAAAGUGGUACAAAUGUUCUCCGCAUUGUCAACUCCGAUGAUCCAAUCACAAAAGUUCCGGGAUUUGUGAUCGAUGACGAUGUCGAUGACGUGGAAGAAAGAGGGACUUCCCACGUGGCGGCCGGCGGGGGGAUGCCUAGCUGGCUACAAAAGUGCAUGGAGGAUACCCAAUGGGUGUAUGCUGAGGUAGGGAAAGAACUAAGACUAAGUAGUAAAGAUUUAUGUCCACAAAUUAGCAAAGGGGACGUCGCCACGUGUCACGAUCUGAAGACAUAUCUACACUUGUUGAACAAUUUUGACAAUAGUGAAACUUUAGUUUGA